AGGACGCCCGCGCCAGAGAACAGGUGCCGGCGGGAGCACAGCGGCUACUGGAGAGAGCACCAGUGCCACGUGGCGACGAAGCUGACCCGGGCAUCCGGGAUAGGGGGGAGCAUGGCGGAGGACGGUACCUGGAGCUUGCGGUCCAGGGAGGGCACAGAGCUGAGACAAGAUUCUGCCGGCGCGAUGAAGGCGACGUUCGGCUGCCACCCCCAGACAGGAGGGGCCCCGGCGCUGCCAGUCCCCACGCCGCCGGCCGCGGGCGACGCCCUCGGCCCGGGCGCCACCCGGGCUCCGGCUGCCGCAGGCUGGCGUCCUGCCACCUACUCCGCGGACUCCUGCUGGGGCCCCACGCCGCACACCAGCUGCGGCCCGGAGGACGCUUCUCGGGAAGUUGUGGUCCGCAGCGCCGCGGACCCCUACGUCGCUGCCGAAGAGCUCACAGACAGCAGCCUCGAUUUCGGCCUCAGUCCGCACUCGAAGCGCGUGUACGGUCUGACUAUUCUGGCACUUGGUGUUUUCUUCCUCAUGCCGCCGGGGAUCGUGGUCUGCGAGUGGCUGUACAAAAGAAGGAGACGAAGAGCAGCUAAAGAAGAUAGAGUACCACUUGGCAGCGCAAGGGGCACGUGGUACGACAGCAGGGACGCCAGCAUUGCCGGCAUCUACGGCCACAGCCGCGUCUGACCAGAUUUGUCAUCAUUGUGUUUGCCGACCUGGAGGACGGACUGGAUCCUUGAUGGAUGUUGUGCGUGUCGCAUCGUAGAUGCUUCCUUGCCUCGUUUACCCGCACCAGUGUGUAGCUUCUCAUGUCGUAGACGAUUGCUUUGCAUUGUUCGAUAUAGUCAUGCAGUGUUGAAGCUCGUUCUAUUGUCCAAACGGGUGUUCCUCGUCCUCCUGUCUCUGAUGAGUCCGUGCGUCUUGCUUGCCUCUUGGCCCAUUGAAUCGACCACAAAUGACUCCUGCAGCCGCGCUUGGCAUGUACAGAAGACUGGAGCAGACAGACUUGCGCGCGCGACAAAAUCAGUCGAAUGACGUAGACAGUGCUGUUGGAUGCAUUCACGAUAGUGAGUUGUGUACAGCGUGGGACGCGGCCCUGGCCUGAGGCAAGUUCUGCUUUCAGCAGAGAGUGCUUGUACCGAGGAGGGCCUCGGUUCUUUCCCGCUGCCGUGGCCACGAUGCUUGCCCGCAGGGUCCGGACCACAGAUCCCUGGCGCCGGUAGCAGUGUUUGGCCACC